UGAAAAGGAAAACGCGUAUCUUGCCGGUGAUCAGGUAAGAGUCUAUCAUAUGAAAACUAGUAUAUUACGGGUCUUUUUAUCUCAACUGAGUGCCUUAGUUUAGUUGCUCUCCCCACUAAGUAAUAAAUACCUUGAAUUUUGAACCUCAACAUAUUGGUAUAUAAAAAAUCUUUACUCAUGGCUACCGAAAUCGCUACUCUCUCUAGCCUGCCACUCGAAGCUGUAGAUGAAAAGCUAACGAUGGCAGCAACGCCAGCUGCGGAGUUCUGGUCAAAACAUGCCCGCUCCACUCUAGGGCCAAUGCUGAGUUCGACUGGGACGUAUACGGCUUCGGAUCAAGCUUCCCAUCUCCAGUUUUUUGACGAGCACGUUGCGUCCUGUCUUGGAUCGCAGCCGGAAGAGCCCAAGGCGGAGUACUAUGCACACCCGGACUUGGCCGGAACGCGUUUCGAAGUUAGCCUCAACCUGACAACCCGAGGCAAGGCGAAGGUACGUUACAGUUUUGACCUCAUACGAGAUGGAACCGGACCAGACCCAUUCGGCGAAGACAACGCAGGCGAAAUGCUGCGCCGUCUGUGUUCGGUUACAGGUGGCGACGGUAGAUUGAUGGAACGGCUCAUGGGAGCUUUCUUCCUGUCACCAUCCGAGACAGUAGCCUUGAGCAAAAAAGUCCAGCCACAUUUGCAGAUCCCGCCAGCUGCCAUCGCGUUCGAGCUCGAGGGAUCCCAGCAGAUCCUGAAGGCAUACAUUCCAAUUAUAAAGAAAUCGGCCUUGGGAAAGCCGCCGGUGGAUAUCACUUUGAAUGCGCUCCGCGGUCUGGAAACUCUAGGGUACGACAUGUCGUACAACGUGGAUCUGCUUGAAGAAUAUCUAAACAGCCGCCCAGGCAAAGUCAAUCCUGUUAUGGUGGGCAUUGACUGUUUGGACCCAACGAAGAACCAGGGUAGUCGCGUUAAGGUAUACGUUGUUACCGAGAGCAGCACUUUCGCCACAGCUCGAGAUGUCAUCACACUCGGUGGACGUCUAAACGACGAGUCUACACUGAAGGGGGUGAAGCUUUUGCGAUCCGUCUGGCACUUGCUACUGAACGAGCCAAAGGGUAUUCCGGACGACGAGAUCGACACAUGGUCAAAGCAGCAGCGUGCCCCCGGUGUCUUUUUCUCGGGCCUUCUGUUCAGCAUCGACCUGGCGGCCGGCAAGAGAAUGCCUCAUAUCAAGAUAUACGUGCCUGUAUUCCAGUAUUCCGAGCAUCCUGAGACACCGAUCAGGAACACGAAUGCUGCCCUGAAGAUGCUGGGCCACGAAUGGGGGCAGACGGGAAAGUUUAGUGAAGUGAUCAAUGCCGUUUUUGGACAACAGAAAGCCCACAGACAGAGCUACGUGACCUACUCGUAUACAGAAUCUAAAGGGGUGUACCUAACGUCGUACCUUGGUAUGCCUCUCUUCAACCGAGAGGAGAUAUCUGAUAAGUACAAGGCUGGUUUGGAGGCCUAUAAUAUCUUGGACUAGAUUGAGUGUGGCAUUUGUUGAUAUGUACCUAAGGACAUCCACCAUGCUGAAGACUGGGUCUGUGCAAACGUGUGGAACUGAACUUAGACAUGCUGGAUACAUACAAUAGGACAAUACAUUCUUUACAAUCAAAUAGUACAUAAGUAUGUCGCCUGCAUCGUAAAAUUUGGGAUCAUCAUAAAGAUUGGAAAAAAGAAGAAGAAGAGAAAGGCAAAAGAAAAAAAGGGGUUCGUGUUUAUGAAUAGGUAUCUAGGUAUAUAGCAUUAGACCGGUUAUAUGACUAUCAGUAUAGCAACCUACGGAUAGCGCGAUAUCUUAUCGAUAGUCACGAUAAGCAUCGACAUC